AUGCUAGAAUCGGACCAUCUAGAAGAAUCUAGAAACGACGCUUGCGAAGAGUGUAUAAGCGCACAUCGUAAAUCGGUUCAGCUACGAGAAGAACUACAGAAACGAAGCCUUGUCACAAGUGGCAACAAAGAAGUACUAGUAGCACGUCUGAGAGAAGCUCUCAUUGACGAAGGUAAGAAACCAGACGAAUUCAAGUUUGAUGGUGCUGACGAAGACAAUGAUAUUAGCACAGGCACGUUUACAAUUGCUAAAAUGAUGGAACUUCUGCUUAGUAUGUCAACUGAAAUAAAACAACAGACAAAAGAGUUAAAACAACAGAUCAAGGAACAGUCCGAACGACAGACAGAGGAGUUAAAACACGUAAAAUUGGAAGUGGCAGACAGAUUGAAGAAUUUGAAUUUGCUAGAAAUAAACGAUUAG